GGAGAAGGCAAAUGCUGCCCCAGCUGUUUCCUGUUGAAAAUGUCUCUGUAAUGUAGAUAAAUGUGAGGGAUUUUCUCUCCAAAUCCGUCUCCUGUUCGCUAAAUCUCACUUCUCCACAACGAGCCUGCGCAAUGGAACAAAGUCGGAAUAUUGAGAUGUGACAUUGCCCGCAUCUCAUCCUCUUUCUUGCUUUUUAAUGACUUCAAACAAGUUCAUUUUCGCUGUGCUUUUGCUGGAGACCCAAGGGGAUGUCUAGCAUUCAUUUCUUCCAGGGGCAUUGGUGUGAUGUCUUCAAGUGUACCAUGCGCUGUCUCUCGUGCACCCACACCCUCUCACUGUUGCUGUGCGUCCUCGCGUUGACUCCCGCGACACUGGAGGCGGGGCCGGAGACGCUGUGCGGGGCGGAGCUUGUAGACACGCUGCAGUUUGUGUGUGGAGACAGGGGGUUUUAUUUCAGCAAACCAACAGGAUAUGGGCCUAAUUCAAGACGGUCGCACAACCAUGGCAUCGUGGACGAAUGCUGCUUUCAGAGUUGUGAGCUGAGGCGCCUCGAGAUGUAUUGUGCGCCUGUAAAGCCUGGAAAAAGUCCACGAUCCCUAAGAGCGCAACGGCAUACAGAUACUCCAAAGACACCAAAGAAACCUUCAUCUGGAAAUAGCCACUCUUCCUGUAAGGAGGUUCAUCAGAAGAACUCGAGCAGAGGAAACACAGGGGGCAGAAACUAUCGCAGUUAGAGGACAGUAAGGCGAAUGGCUGAGAGGGACAAGUGAAACUGUUGGACAGCGGGAAACGGGAUUAAAGAAAGACUGUGGUCUUCCAUGGAUGUGCUCCACUGUAAAAAAAACAAAAAACGAAAUACUAAAAAAAUAUAUAAAAAAAUAAAACCCAACAGGAUACUGGAAACUGUUAAAGCCCCAUGUUAAGACAAACACAAUCUGAUGAUUUCCACACACUGCUCCAUUCCAUACUGGGGGAGAAUCAUAAAUUAGCUGCUAAAAAAGUCAAAUGAUAACUGUUUAUUCUCCUUGUGUGAACGGUUGCAUGUAAUGGAUGCCGACAGCUUUUUAUAGUGGCAAAAAACAACAUUUUUGCAGGCACACGAGAGGCACGAGAAAGGAGUUCGCAGUGAGAUCACGGACCGCGUUGACAAGAAAGGCUGUCUAGACGGUUUAUACCAGAUGGAACCCUUGUAAAACUGAACUACGGCUGCACAGAGAGAUGACAUAAAAUACAAAUCAAUCUUUUCUUAUUUGAUUCAUUGUGCAAGACCAGAUCAAGGGGAUUAUACAAGGACCUUAUGCAGAUGUGCUGAGGUGCUCUAGAGAACACAUUUAGGAUCGAUGGAACCUGACCUACAUUUUGCAAUUUUUUUUUAAUUGUGUGAGGGAUCUUUGCUUCUUUUUUAAUCAUUUUAUCUGCAUGGUUUACCUUCUUUAGAAAAUAGGGGGUGAAAGCCAUUCACUCGAACAGUUAUCCGCAUGCAUUUACACCAGUGUAUCAGCCCGCAAAGGAAAGACAGAGGGACGACAACAGGAACUAAGACAGAAGCAAAGAAUUACUAGCAAUUGUAACAUAUAGCAUCAAGAAGAACAUAGUCUGGUUUAGCAGCAACUGUUUAUCAAAUAGGAAGUUGCUGGUUUGCAUCUUUACAGCGAAAGAAUGGUGACAUGACUGCAACUCACUAGCUUGUAUUAAAGGGAUAUUUCGCCCCAAAAUUUAUAUUGUGUCAUUUACUCAUUGUACUAUUGCGUUUAAGUUUUGUCCCAUUUGAAGCUUUAAAGACCAUGGUCAUUGUACAGCAAAUACUGGAAAAUAAAAAAAACAAUACAAAAAUACAGGUUAAAAAUGACAUAAGGGUGCAUAAACAAUGACACAAUGUCUGUUUUUGGGUGAACUAUCCCUCUGCACCCCACUUUAAGCUCCUGUCACAGGGGUGAGGUGUGACCCGGCCGUUUCCACAGUUCCUCUGCAUGGUGAUUUCCUCUUUUCUGACCCCAAUGGACCACGUCAAGCCCACACUAUUUGCUCUGUAUCUAUAGUCAACCUAUAUUAACCUUUGCAUUCUCUAAUCAUAACCAUAUGUGAUGGCAUUAUAUAAUGGAACCAUAUAAAAGAUCGACCCACUGUAUAAUGGUGCUAUUUUGUAGUUUGUUACUUGCAGGGGUUGGCUGAAAACAUGAAGCUCAUUGUUGGAAGUCUUCCCUUUUGCACAGCCUUGUGGCCACUAUAGUAAUAAUAUUCUUUUUGUUUUAUUUUGAAGCUAUUUCAAUAAGGUUACAGUGUAAACAAAGCAAAAGUAUUUUUGUGAGAGCUGUGAAUGCAUAAAAAAUGGAAACAAAUUUGGCCAGAGAUGGUUAAUUAUUUGUUUUUCUCUAUUGUUUUUAAAUUAUUAUUUUUGAAACAUUAACCUCCCAAUGCCAAAUAACUUGACAGAGGACUGUAAACUGCAAAUCUCCAAUAUUACCAAAAUGUUGCCCAUCACAAAGUAGCUUUUCAUGCACACUACAUUCAUUUAGACAUAUUGGCACUGAUUCUACAACUUAAAUAUUUGUAACUGGGGAGGAAAUGGUGCAAAAAAGUCUUCAGUGUACUACAGAGAUGAGAAAGAAAAGGUUGCAGAACAAUUCCAGUUAGUAACAGUGUAAUUUGGCUAACACUGUACAGGCCCAUUGUUUUGACUGUUUUUACAUCUCGAUAUGUCUAGGGAGGUUUAAUAGGAAAAUUGCACCAGGAUUAAGUAAAUUACACCAUCAGUGCAAUUAAGAAAGGUUAUGUUUUAACUAGCAGCACCUUAACUAUUAAAAGAUAAAACUUCAUCUAUAAACAAGAACAUGCAGAUGUUUAACAUUUUCGAAAAGGUAACCAUCCAUUUAUGGACAACCUAAAUUCGGGUUUUAGAGUGUUUGUACUUUUGAACUGGGCUGUAUGCGUAUUAUAUAAUCUUCUCAAUCUGAAUCUCAAUCUGAAACAGAACAAUGUAGAGACAUAUGCAAUAGCCACCCAUAUAAUGUGCACAAGUUCGAUGUAAUAGGUCUCCAGCAAAAGGUCCUCACAUAACACCAAAAACUUGUUUUGGUUUUGUUGGUUACAGCUUUGUGGUAAAUAUCAUGGGCAGCACUAAAAAUAAUUAUUGAAUCUUCGAUUAGACACAUUAAGGAACACAUUUUAACAAAAAUAUUGUGCUUAUUUUUGAAGUUGUUCUGUUUCCUAUUACACUGAAUGUAGGAUCAUGGCUGCUGUGGAGAUUUACGGCACUUUGCUUGAGUUCGAUGGUUUUCAUCAGAACAUAAAUCCAGAGACAGAAGCAACAUGGAAGGACAAAUGUUAGAGGAUUCUGGGCAUUGAUCAUUAAAGCAUUCUUUUGAUUGUAAGGCUUUCAUUAGGCUACUGGUGCUCAAUUGCUUUCUGUACAAAUCUGAAAAUACUGACAGAUUGUUCACCGUUCCUGCUGAAUAAACCACUUGCCAAUA